GAGAGAGAGAGAGAGAGAGAGAGAGAAUCUUUUUCUUUUUUGGAUAAAUGUAGCAACAUUUUAACCAAAGUUGAGGCAUGUUUGCAAAAUGUGAAGGCAUGUUUGGGAACUCUAAAACUGAUUGUCUUGGCUUUCCACAUUUUGCAUACUUGUUUAAAUCCCAAAGUUGCUUCCUUUUGAUCCAAACUUUGACUAAUAGUCAAACCCACAAGUCAAAAUUGCAUCUUUAACACUUGGGUGUUGUUAAAAUCCCUUCAUCUUCAAUCUUGAACUCUCUUUACUGAUCAUCAUGGUGGCACCAGAUUCCCCUUCAAACCCCAACAACAUUCACCAAUUCCUCAUUUCAAACCCAACACACUACGAAAGUCAACCUUUCGACACUUAUGGAGUUGACUUAAGAAAUCUUGAACAAUACCCACCUCAAUCUCUAAACAUUCUUCCCUCCAUCAACCUCAUUCAACCUCAAACAAUCUCUGAUGAACCACAAGUCAACCAACACCAACACCAACACCAUCAAAGUCAAAAGCUUUCACUCUCUUUAGGCUCUAGCUUGUUGUAUCCAUCUUCAAGAUGUUACAUACCUUCUGAACAACAAGAUUUGCAAGAGAAAACAAGAAAGUCUUUUGACCCUUCACCUUAUUCAUCUUCCUCGUCUUCAAUCAAUCAAGGGUCUUACACAUAUUAUGGGGCUGAUUCACUCUCAUCAUCUAUAUGUAAUUCAAGAUACUUGAAACCAACUCAAUCUUUACUUGAAGAGAUUGUUAGAAUCAAUGGGAAGGAUCUUGAGUCAAUCAACAAGUCUUAUGUUCAUAAGUUGUCAGGUUCUGAUCAACAUGGGUCGUUAAGAUUAUGUUCUGAGUUGAAAAUGGAAUUAUGUAGUAAUGGUGGGUUAUCUAUGGAGAAGCAAGAACUUCAAGCUACAUUAGCAAAGCUUAUUUCUUUAUUAGAAGAGGUUGAGAGAAGAUAUGAACAAUAUUAUCAGCAACUAGAGGAAGUGGUUUCUUCAUUUGAGUUAAAUGCAGGUUUAGGAUCAGGGAAAUCAUACACUGCAUUAGCACUAAAUGCGAUGUCGGGUCACUUUUCGAGCUUAAAAGUAGCGAUCUUGUCGCAAAUUUACACGACCCGAAAGAAAAUCAUGCAAGAUUUGCCAAAAAUCAACACUGGUUUUUCGCAGCUCAGUUUGUUUGAUAAAGAAACCAAUAGACACAACAGGAUUGCCCUUCAACAGCUUGGAAUGAUCGCUUGCCCGAGACAAACUUGGAGGCCCAUUAGGGGUUUACCUGAGACUUCUGUCAUGAUCCUACGGUCCUGGCUCUUCGAGCACUUCCUCCAUCCGUACCCAAAUGACAAUGAAAAACUUAUGUUGGCAUCACAAACAGGCUUGUCAAAGAAUCAAGUGUCAAAUUGGUUCAUUAAUGCUCGCGUUCGACUAUGGAAGCCGAUGAUUGAGGAAAUGUACAAAGAAGAAUUUGCAGAUUCAAGUGAGGAUUCAAAUUUGUGAUAUGGUAGAAAGGUGUCACAGAUCACAGAACAUGAAGAAUGAAGGUUGUAUCAAUGUUGAAUUCUGUGAUUAUUUGAAGUGUUUUUGCAGUCAAUGAAUGCAUGCUUGUGUCAUUAAGUUAAGUUAAUGAAACUGUCCUUAAGUUGAUCUUUCUGA